GGGGCCAGGGAGGCUUUUCUGGCUGGGGUGAAGAACUUGAACAGCAACUCAUUGCAAACUGCCUGUGAUUCCCAGGUCUCCCAUCCUCCCCCGGGACAUCAGGACACACAAAAACCCUGUAUUACUCUCCACUGAGAGCCAGGCUGGAGACGGAUGCUGAGAACAGAAAGGGUGUGUGAGGAUUCCUUUGGCUUCGCCCUUGCUUCUAACUAUUGUGGGUACCAGGUGACCUGUCCCAAAGUGCUGUGAUGAUGGAGGCUCUCCCCACGGCUCUGGAGGUCGACGAGAAGUCUCCAGAAUCCAAGGACCUGCUACCCAGCCAGACGGCCAGCUCCCUGUGCAUCAGCUCUAGGAGUGAGUCUGUCUGGACCACCGCUUCCAAGAGUAACUGGGAAAUCUACCGCAAGCCCGUCGUCAUCAUGUCUGUGGGCGGCGCCAUCUUUUUGUUUGGUGUGGCCAUAACCUGCUUGGCCUACACCGUGAGGCUCGGUAAUAAGAGCCUUGAGGUCCUUAAGAUGACAGGACCUGCUUUCCUGUCCCUGGGACUCAUGAUGCUGGUGUGUGGACUGGUGUGGGUACCCAUCAUCAAAAAGAAACAGAAGCAGAGACAGAAGUCAAUGUUCUUCCAGAGCCUCAAGUCCUUCUUCUUAAAUCGCUGAUGGCGACCUCACCUUUUCUCCUCCCCAACACCCUGCCAUCUCUACUAGGAGAAGAUCUGAUGACCAACAUCCAAUAUCCCAUCUCCUUGGUGGUGGGUUGGCCAUAGAAAUGACCCAGGCAAACCCUCUUCCUGGACCUGUGGGGAAGAAAAAGCUCAGGGCUUCACCCUCCACGUAGCUAGGGUGCGUUGCUAAACAGGAUGUAUCUCAUUUAGUCUCUGUUAUUACUGAUGCUUCCCUUAGAUCCUGGCCGCAGCCAUCUCCUUUCAUGGCUCUCAUGCCCUGUCAUGCAUCCAGGCGUCACUCAUCUAACUCCCUCUGCCAAGUGCAGUGCAUGCUAGGAAAUUCCUUGGGGUAGGCUCUGCCCCAAGGAGAACCUCAUGUUUACAUAUCUGAGUGCCUGAGCUGGAGUCCACAUUUGCAAACUUCUAGAACCAAACUGACCAUCAGACGUCCUUUACAGAGGGGAAGGAAGGCUGACUUCUGACCCACUGGGUUUGCCAGCCCAGCUCCCUUUGUGGGCGAGAUACUGACUUGCAUUUCAAAAGACCAGACAAUUCACAUGUAUCAAACAUUCUAAAGAGUGAAGGGGUCAGGAAAGACAUUUUCUGAGAAGGCACAUUUCCCUGGACGUGGCCCUGGAAGUCAGCCAGCCAAGGAAGUUCAAUUCUCAAUUAUAUAGUAUUUACACCAGAGGCAGUGGGUGGACUAGGCAGUAUCACAGUUUCCUCUUGACCUUUUAACUCCUUCUCCUUUAUUACUCUUCCCUCUGAACUUGACAACUAGCCAAGGACAAGUACAUGUUGCCCUAACUUCCUUUUUGCCCCUAUCCUUGAUUCUAGAACAGCUAGAUGGAGAGCUGUAGAUGGAUUCUAUAAGAUUGCUCUCUCCUUUACCUCCACCAAGAAUCAAAACCAAGAAGAUCAAAUUCCACAUUCGAAUAGUCUAUAGGCUUCCAGAGAUGGAAUUCACUUUUGAAAAACCCCAACUCCUCCUCUUCCUAACCCCACCCACCAAACAAGCAAACAUUUAUUGAGAACCCUGCUUUGGGCCAGGCCCUGGUCUGGGAGCAAGAGACAUGGUCCCUGCUCUCACCUUGUUUCCAAAGUGAGAGAUAUAGCCAGGCCAACGGCAAUUGGAAUACCCUAUGCUGAGCACUUGACUGAGGAAAUGUGGGUGAGUGUGGGAGCCCAGACAGGGCAUCUAACCCAGACUUUGGAGAGGACAGAGAGAUUGCUGUGUCACCCAAACUUUGAACAAAAGAAACGUGUUGAGCUCUCAAAGAAGGGAAAGGAGAAGCAAUUUGGGACAGCAGGAACUGCCUGUGCAAAAGCUGGGUGGGGUGAGGGGGAACAUGAUAAAAUUAGGAAACUGCAUACAAAUUUUCUAGCCUCCCAAAGGUUCCCUUUCCUCCUCUCCUAUGGCCUCCUUCUCACCUGCUUCCCCAAGUGCCUCAGUGCAGCUUCUCUGGGGGCACAUUGAGAGCUUCCUGGGGUGUAUGGGAAAAACUGGAAAGGGGUUUCUAGAAGGCCUACUAAGCAGCUCCCAGAACCUGGGGCUUCCUGUAGUAGUCAGAGGCCCUUAGGUGACAGACCAGGAGGGGUAGCUAUGUGAAAGGUGGCCACCAUGUUGCCCUAGGCCAGGCCCAGGCCCAGUGGACAGCAUUUGAUAAUGAGCCCUGAGCGAGAGGUGUUCUGCACUGUGAUCACCAUUGGCUUGAGCUGACUCCCUUCACUCCUCAGCCCUCUGGCCUCCUGGUCAAUAUGGUAACCGCUCUCUAACAGGCCCCCAGGUAUCUGCAUCCUUCAUGGUGGCUCCAUAUGCGGAGUCAGGAACUCACCUUGUCCCCUCUGCAUUAUUGGAAUUCCAUGGAGGCAGGUACCUGUCACAUGGAGCCAAAGUUAGGGGAGCCUGUGGCCUUUGAGCUUUACCCAGAAUGGCUAUGUCUCUCAUUCAUCCAGUGCGCCUGGGCUCUUGAGCCCACCUGUCCCCUGCACACAGGAGGUCAAGAUUAAUCCUUGAGGUGUUGCAAGAGCUUUGUCACUAAUUGUAGUUCCAGUGUCUCAAGUGGCCAGGCUCGCCGAUUAUUUCCUUUCUCUGACAUGAAGGCAGAUUCAAUAUUGGCCCAGUACUAUCACUCCUACAUGCCUUGAUGCUUCUUACAUGGGAGCAAACGAGGUGUGCUCCCAGCCAGCUCAGCGGGAAUCUGCACCUCUCAUGUCUCAAUUCAUCUGCCCAAAAGCUUGUGGUCUGGGCGCAGAUGUGGGAGGAGCAUGCUGCCAUCACCCGUGUCUUAGUGGAAGGAAGUUUGGGGACAGCGAUAACUCUAGAAAGUUCUGAACUCAUGUUGUAGUCUGCUGCAGUACUCGCCCAUAUUCCCUACUCCUCAAGCUAGUAUCUCAGCAGGAAAAGUGAGGAAAGGGCUCUGAAGAAAAAUCUUCAAGUAUCAUUCAACCCCACUGAGAUCCCCCAUAGGGGUGUGAAUCUAGGAAUAUGCCAGCAUCAUGCUGAGGAGUUUUUGCUAAAGACCAGCACUGCAUGGAAGCCUGGGGUAUGGGUGUGUCUGAUCUGUGGAUGCAGCCCAGGUCAGAUGCCGCAUUUCUGGGGAAAAAACUCAACACCAAGACUCCUUUCAUGCCUGUGGGUCAGAGGACAGGACGGGCAUCCACGUGUUCGGCUAACUGGAUUGCAUUAUCCCACCCAUAGCUAUUCUGUUUGGGAGGGUUCAAUUAAAUCUGAGGCCCUCAAGGAAUUGUUGUAAUGUUGAAUUGUACUCAACAUUCUACUUAACACUG